GUGUGUUUACGUCAGUGUUAAGUGUAAUAUUUUGCUUGUUUCCGUAGUGAGGAUUGUCGAUUGUAAAACCUUUUAUGUUAGUGUGGAUUUCGAUCGAUUGAUAAGCUGGUUACCAAACUUGUUGAAUCUCGUAACUCCAACCAUGACCACCACUCCUGUUAGGACUACUAGUGGCAGUACGUCGACCAAUGAGUUGUGGCGAGAGUGUGCAGCCUGGUUAACGCGCUGCGAAAUCAUUCCUAAAGAUCAUCGUGCGAAUCAUCCUGACUCGGAUAUCAAAGUCCUUGCGAACAUUCUCCGAGAUGGCGUACUAUUGUGUAAUUUAAUACAAUUUCUCGACCCCACAUCGUUCGACAGAAAAGAUUUCAACCGAAAACCGCAAAUGGCCCAUUUUCUUUGUAUACAAAACAUUAAACUAUUCUUAGAAGCAUGCAAAACAAACUUUAAUCUGAAGGAACCAGAAUUGUUUGAUCCUUCUAUGCUUUAUGAUCUAACAAAUUUUCAUAGGGUGCUUCUCACCCUUUCGAAGCUCUCGACGAGCAGAAAGGUACAGAAUUCGCAAAGGAUAUCCGGUUUCAUUCCCGUUCCAAUGCAUACGGAUAGAACGAAUCAGGAAGACGAUAUCUACAAUGAUUUGCAUACCAGUACGUCGAACACAGUAGAUUAUGGCAAUCACGACGAACAUGAUAUGAAAGUGGAGAAGGUCUAUCAGGACUUGUGCGUCCCAAAUGUUAGCCGUAAUCAGCUAGCGUCAUCUUCCAGUAAUUUGGAGCAACGUGACUUUGUUAUAAAGGAGCUGCUCGAUACAGAGAAUAAUUAUCUUGAAGCAUUAAACGCCCUGAAACAUGUCUUCAUGCAGCCAUUAGAAAAGCUACUUCCAAAAGAGGACUUACGGAUAAUAUUCCCUUGUAUUAAUGAGUUGGUAGAAAUACAUAGAAAAUUUCUCGACCGACUGAAUGAAGCAUGCGCCCCUGGGAGCAAAUUAAAACUUAGUACUACAUUCCUUGAAUUCAGAGAACCGUUUCUAAUUUACGGCGAGUAUUGUUCUAGCAUGACAAGUGCAGUUGAAGCUUUGCGUGAAUUUUGCAAGAAAUCCAGCAUCGUUGAACAGACUGUGGCUCGAAGUCAAAAGGUGCACAGUGAUGGAAGAUUACAACUUCGGGAUAUCUUAUCUGUACCAAUGCAACGAAUUUUAAAAUAUCACCUAUUGUUAGAUAAAUUAGUGCAGGAAACGGUACCGACCCAUGAAGACUUUCGUGGUUUGGAGAGAGCCAAAGAAGCGAUGGUAGACGUUGCGCAGUAUUCAAAUGAAGUUAAGCGUGAUUCAGAACACUUAAUUGUGAUACAGAAAGUUAAGGAAAGUAUAUCAGAUCUGAAUUUACCAGAUGGUAAUAAUCUUGAACAAUACGGUCGAUUACUGCUGGAUGGCGAUUUGAACAUAAAAGCUCACGAAGAUCAAAAAAUGAAACAUCGAUAUGCUUUUAUUUUUGAAAAGGUUAUGGUUCUAGUAAAGAAUUCUAACACCAAAAUAGGGGAAGCACAAUAUACUUUUCGUGAAGCCCAUAACUUGCUCGAUUACAAAAUUGAAAUUAUGAAUUCGAGGCGUACGUUGGGCCGUGAUGGACGUUUAAAGUAUUCGCUGCUGUUAGCACGUAAAACGCAAGCUAAUGCUUUUACGCUGUACAUGAAGACGGAAGAAGAACGUGAGAAAUGGAAACGAGCUUUCGACAUGGCAAUGGAGACACUAGAACCAAUAGGAUGCAAGAAUACUGAUCACAAAUUUUUAGUUGUUACAUUUGACAUACCUCUGGUAUGUCGACACUGUUCGAAAUUCCUUAAGGGGAAAAUACAUCAAGGUUACCGCUGCAAGGUAUGUGACAUUGUCGUACACAAAGGAUGUAUUUCGUCAACAGGUCGGUGCAAACAUCUGCAGCAAGUACCACCACCCGUAUGCGAUAGGUUACUGUCAGAAUUCAACUGGUUUGUUGGUACAAUGAAUAGAGAUACCGCAUCCCAACGACUGGAGAUCAAAAAGAUUGGAACUUAUCUUUUACGCGUCCGUCCCCAAGGUGCCUCAAAUGAAAGCGAAACAAUUUAUGCACUUAGUCUGAAAACUGAUAGCCAAAUCAUUAAACACAUGAAAAUUUAUAAGAAAAAAGAGACACAAAACAUACUCUACUAUUUAUCGACCAGGCGAUAUUUUAAAACAAUAAUCGAACUGGUGUCCUUUUACGAGCGCAAUGAUUUGGGAGAAAAUUUUGCAGGAUUGAAUCAAUUACUGCAAUGGCCUUUUAAGGAAGAAAUCGUUACAGCUAUCUAUGACUUCGCGCCAAAGGAAUUAAACCAGCUACCACUGCGCCAAGGUUGUCCGGUUGUUGUAAUUGGCAAAGAGGGUGACAGUAAAGGCUGGUGGAGAGGAAAAACAAUGGAAAAGGUUGGUUUCUUUCCAAAAGAGUAUGUUCAUGCAUUAGGGAUAGGUGAAAUAUAAACACAGGUGCUAUUUUGCUUUACCAUCAUCCAAAAAAAUCAACCGCUGUUGCCAAAAAAUAAUAUAAACUAUUAGACAAUGCUUCUUGUGACUGUCUUCCUUACCGCUGAUUACAUAUUUCCAUUCAAAUAGUUUUUUUAAGCAAUGAAAUUUGCAAUAUACGAGACAUACAUAACAUCGAUCGUUUUUGAAGAUAGGGGGAUGAUCAAAUUAAUAGGAAAACCAUUUAAUUGUAAUCUUUCACCAAAUAUAUUCUUUACAAGCACUGUCACUGUCCCUGACCAUCCCCCUCUAAAAGAAGUCGUAUUGGAUCUCUGAUAUACUGACAUGCUCUCAGUAGGAAAUGCGGUUGAACAUAACAUCUUUGCGAAACUCCAAAUAGUUCGAUGCUAGUUAUUUGAAAUCGAACUUCUUAAUAUUUGUCAAAAUUAAAAUAGUCAAUUUGGUUUUACUGUAACAAUUGUAAUGUUGUUUGUUAAGAUUAUCACAACUUUCAAUUAUGAUUCCGUGAGCUAGAGUGAACAAACAUAGUGAACGAACGCACUGUUAAUGUUAUUGGUAAAAGAAGAUCCCAUUUGCGUCAUAUUCUGUUAGGGCUGUGACAUUGUAGUUACGGCAGCAUUUACCACAAGUAUUGGCAAAUAUUUUAAUUUACCAAUUCGUAUCCCGCAGUUUGAUUUAUAUAAUCGAAAAAUAUACUCCUACCAAAGAGUACGCUAUUACAUAUUAUGUCAUUUACGCUAGUCAAAAUCAUAAUUGAACUUCAAACAUCAAAGUUACCCUACAUUUGAUUUGACUUUUUGUUUAUAUAGAGUGAAGAAUAGAGAAAAUCUAACUGAGUUUUAUGAGUGAUGUAUCACCAGAGUUGUAAUCGACGAGAAAUUUACAAAUCAUCAAUGAACUACAAACUAUUAAAAAAAUUUAAAAUGUACAACUAUACUUUUGCGACAUCAGGUGUGUAAAUUGUAAAAAAAACAAAACCUGAAAUAUGAUUUCAGAUUGUAUUUUCAAAAUGCUGUAGAUUCCACGGCCAUAACAGUUUUAUAUCAAGACAUAAAACAAUGUUGCAAAAAACAAAGUAAAAUU